AUGGGUGACUUUAACUCUGUCCUAUAUUCUGGUGAUAUAAUCACUGGCAAUGCUGUCACUAACACAGAAACUGUUGACUUUGAAAACUGCUUGGGCCAGACUGAUCUCACAGAACUCAAAAGCUAUGGGCAUUAUUAUUCUUGGUAUAAGGGGCAUGAGGUUCUAAGAAUUAGUUCAAGAAUUGAUAGGGGUUUUGGCAAUCAUACUCCACUGGUGAUGAGUUACAAGGUGAAUAUGAAGAAAGGAGGUAGACCCUUUAAAAUUUUCAAUUAUAUGGCAGAUCAUCCACAUUUUAUGCAAGCUGUUCAAAAAGGAUGGGAGGAUAAUCAAGCAACUUCAGCAAUGCAGACUGUCUGGAAUAAGCUUAAAGCUGUUAAAGUAGAGUUCAAGGCUUUACACAAACAAGAUUUUGCUCAAUUGGAAAAUAAAAUUGAGAUGUGCAGAAGAGAUUUGGAUGUGGCUCAGUCUACAAGUAUCUCUAAUCCUGAUGAUACUGUUGCUCAAGAAGCUGAGAAAGAGUGUGUGGAAAAGCUCAAUGCCAUGAAGGAGAGGUAUGCCAUAAACAGUAUUGAUACAUUAUAUGAUGAUCAUGGUACAAAGAUGACAACUGAUACUGAAAUUCAAGCUGAAAUCAAAAAAUUCUAUGAGAAGCUGAUUGGUACUGCUGCAACUUCUCUAACUGGUAUUGAUGUACCUAUUGUUAGACAUGGGAUCCAACUGAGUGUUGAUGAUGCAGAGUCUCUUUUUGUUCCAGUUUCUGAUUUGGAGAUUGAUACUGCUAUUAAGGGAAUCAAUGUGAAUAAGGCACCUGGUUUAGAUGGCUUUAAUAGUUUCUUUUUUCAUAAAACUUGGAGUAUUGUAAAGGCUGAUAUCUACAAUGCAGUUAGAGAAUUCUUUGACACUGGUGUUCUUCCGAAGCCAAUAAAUAAUACUGUAGUGACUUUGAUCCCAAAGAUCCAGAAUGCCUCUAAUGUGAAAGACUCCAGGCCCAUAGCUUGUUGCUCAGUGGUUUAUAAGAUUAUUUCAAAAAAUUUGACAGCAAGAAUGCAAGGUGUAAUUGGGAAAGUGGUGCAUUGUGCUUAG